UUAGCUUUCAGUGCUGUAAACGGUUUAUGUCGUGCGAUCGUUACACGUCAGGUCCGUUCGCCGUUUAGGACGGUUAGCCGACCUAUAGGCUGCCCGUGGCCCUCUGGAUGCGAUGCACAGUAGAUCGCAGGGCAUAUAAUAACAUCUAACCUGGUUGCUUAUAUCUGACCAUUUACACCGCGAAUGCGCAUGGGAACAGCUUGGACGCUGCUGUUGGCGGGUGCGCUUGCUUGCCACCGGGUUGCAAUAAGAUGUUUGCGCAGCAGAGGCGUAUCGCGCUGAGCCCUUGUCGGAGUGACAUUUUCCAUUAUGAGUCCUCGCAUUGAAAGCUCAGGCCGGGGAGAGCUCAGAUGGGCCAACGUAGCCAUUGCAGCAGCACCAGUUGCCCCGAAAGGAGAAGCGGUACUCCCUUGAUUGCGAUUGCUGGGCGUUGAGGCACGUGCGGCCCAUUGUGCGUGUCUGACUGGGCAAAUACACCCACCAGAGCUCGCGUGCUACCUGCCAUGGAACAUCCUUUGGGGCAGCUCCACUUGACCCAAGCCCCAGGCUUGGAAGGCACUUUUACGCCGCCCACCGUUUGCGGCUUUCGUGCGUUACUGAUAAAGGCCUCGACAAACAACGGGGAAGUAGCCGGAGGCUACUUAGAAGCUGGAGCCCCUUGCAGCGCCACUGUUGCGUCGCCCGUCGGGACGAGCGCUCGAUGUGCAUGGAGACGCAAGCGUGCGCCAGGAAGUUGGAGCUAGGACGCCUCUGGAAGCAUACGAAGGGAAAACCCUUCUUUGCUACUUGGGUCCAGAGCGGAUGUGUAAAUUUGCAGUAACUAGGUAACGGUGAUUGUUGAAGAGGUGUAUAUGCUUGGUGUCCUUUGGCUGCCUCCACGCCCUCCAGAACUCCCACUCUUUUCCUGAUACGCAGCUUGUGGCUACCAGUCAACACCCCAACAACCAUGACUUCACUUGCAUAACAUACAUGCCAUCCUGCUCGGACGUUUUAGCAUGUUUCUACUGAGUAAUCCCUUGCCGUAAUGACGUCGGGCGAUGAGGCGCUUGCGGUACCAGGUACUUGCAGUUAGAAAGGUACCCAGCACCUGUGAAACAACACCAGACCUGUUGGCAAUAGAGUUGGGAACAUUUUAAGAUUGUACAGACGUGAGGAGGUUGGCAUUUUGAGGGUCGGCAAUAAGGGCCUUAUGCUUCCCUGACUGAACUAUUAUUCGCAUUUCCACUCUGUGUCGCUUGAACUGCACAACAUCAAGAAGUUCCCAGGCCUUACAACACAGGCUUGCUGCCAAGGAGAGUUUAGUUGAUUGAAUCAUUUGUGGAAACAAUUGAGGUGGACGUCCUGGCAAGAGUUUGCAUCCCGGAGAAGCGUAUCACCUUUGGAGUUCUGAAGCUUAGAAUACCCCAGGGAUCAAACGUCCAAUUCAACUUGCAAGGAUAAGGAUGUCGGCCACUCCUAAUGUUACAACUAAGAAGCGCAGUAUGCCUGAGACGGCCAGCCCUUGUGGACCGGCAUCUAAGAAGACGGCGAAGGAUGGCGUGUCGUGGCCGACAACGACAUCAGCGAGCGGUAUUCCCGGCUGGCAGUAUCCACCCCUUCCGAUGGGCAUGAUGCCGCCUAUGCCCUUUUGCAUGCCGGGAAACCCAUUUUUUCCAUUUAUGGGCAUGUUUCCGCCUUUUUGGCUGCCUGCUGCGGCCAUGGCAGCUGCGUCCAUGCCAGCGCUGGCAGCCGCGUCUGCAGCGUCGUCUAGUGUAUCUGGAGCGUGUAUGUCUGCGCCAUCGAUGUGGCCGAUGAUGCCGUGCGGCGCCAUGGCACCUCCAGCUGUCGCUGUUUCGGUAGCUCCAAACGGCUUUGCGCGCACAUCCUCCGAAACCUCCUCCGCCAUUGCCAUCCCGUCGGCGUCCUGCACAAACAGCGCGCCUUCCUCUGGCAUCAUCCAGGCGCCUGCCUCUCCGCUGCCGCUCGCCACCUCCCCGGGCUCGGUCUGCAACGGCAGUGUCAACCACCCGCCUGAGGACGAUGAGUUUGCCAGCUUCAUUGAUUCCUUCCUGCGCUCAGGCGACAGCGACCUCACCGACGCGGCUAUCACGUCCGGCCUCAAGCUGUUCCAGCCGCCCAGCGAGGCUCACAACAACAACGAGGCGGGUGAGGUGGUCGUGGAGACGGCGGGCGGCCUUUCACGCAGCGACUCGCAGUCGCUACUCAAUUUCCUAGGUGCUGAUUUGGAGUUGUCGGGCCUGUGAUAGUGAUCAGGGAGCCCUUAGCUGAGAAGACCCAUUACCGUAUGCGCAGUGUGCUUGGAAAGCGUUCUGAGGCGGGCGAGUUGAGGUUGGUGAGCGAGUAAUGUGAGGGUGAGGGUCAUGUAUGCCCAUGGCUUCGAAUGCUUCAUUGAGGUGCGGAUUAUUUAAGAGGGAGGGCGGCAUUGCCCGCAACGUGAGCGCGAUGUAGGCCGCCGUAUGGCCGCCGAGUGGCGAGGGACGAGGCAUCGAAAUGUGGUGCUUCUUGCGUGAGUGGUGCAGGGCAUGUCAGCAGGUUCGUGACUAGUGAUAUAUGGUCCAAAGGGAGUUGGAGCGCCUGGAUUCACAGGAAUGUGUUAGGCAACCGGCCAUGUCCUACAUACUGGGUAGGCCUUUAUGCCAGAGUGAGGCAUAACCGACAUUUUGAGCUUGGAGUGAGGGCGAUUUUGUUCAAAGCACCGCCCUCCGAUUAGUAUUGAGUAGCAAUUGACUGGUGCAGGCGGGGACAGGUCCUAACGUGGCUAUCUCCUUGUUCCGCGAGCUAUGCUUGCACGUUGUUGGGGUUUUGUGUAGACACUUUUGUGUUAUGCUAAUACGAGAAGAGAUAAAUGACGAGGGUUGUUGCAGCUUAGCUACGGCUGCUGGUGCUUUCGCGUACACUUUUGAAGUGCAUGCAUGCGUGGUCCGUGGCUUUUCGGGACGGUUUUCGACUCACCCGUAACCACUUAGCUUUAAGAGAAGAGAACAAUCUAUGACGCCAAUGUUCAUAGUCCCUGUGUGUUUUAGGUAUCGUUAAGCAAGAGCGUUUCCCUGUACAAUGGAGGGAUAUGCGUGCCUUGCAGUCUCAGUUUAGACCAUCUGAUGACCUCAUGGCCCCUCCCCGAGUGGUUAGGCUUCAUUGCGCAUAGUUUUCUAUGCUUCGGGUGUGGCUGCAUAUUUGGCUGCCGUUGCAGUUGACUAGGUACCCGUGCGUAGUGUUGUUGUUGGUUCACUCUCCUGUCCUUACUUUCAAUAAUAUAUUAAAAGUAUAAAUGCUUGGUGUGUUCUUGGUUUGGUGGUCAUGUUCCCUUUGGUGUGUUCCUGCUUCGGAUAUUGGUCUUGUACCAUGAAGGUUUGAUAGGUUGUAUCCAUGGCCACGCGCACUACGCAACAUCACCCCAUGCGCCGUUGGAAAUGGCAUGGAUGAAGCUGGCUACCACACUGAAGUACACGUAUCACCGAGUGUGUUCACGGUAAUAUUUCCUUAAACACGUGCUGUAACAAACCUCGAGCGAGA